AUGCGGUGCAGGAGUCUGAAUAUGUUCAGGACUCAGAUGAUGGAUCUGGAGCUGGCGCUGAUGAGGCAGCAGUCCACGGUCUAUCAGCACUUCAGUCCUGAAGAGAGAAGGGAGGCCGAGCAGCUGCAGAGGCUGCGAGCUGCAGUCAGACAGGAGCUGCAGGAGCUGGAACUGCAGGUGGAGGAUCGACUCCUGACCCUCAGUGACCAGCUGCGCUCAUCGUCAUCGUCCCGCCUCUGCCGCCACCCCCUGGGCAUGGUGAGAGGUCACAGCAUGGACAGUCUGUCCAGCUCUCUCAGGGCCAUGGAGCCGGUGACUGACCUCUUGCGGGAGCAGCUGUAUCUUCAGUCUGAGCUGGGUUAUGAUGGAUCUCUGAGUGCAGCUGGCACCCCCAUCUCUGGCCGCUCAUCCAGAGCUGAAAGUCCAUCCAGAUCCACCAGAAACUCUGACCACUACUGUCCUUCCCAACAGAGAGGAGGCCUAUACCGUGCCUCUGUCAACAUCACCCCCACUGUCCCUCGGAGGCCUGGAGUGGGGCUCAGUCAGGCUCCUCCAGCAGAAAGCCAAGAGCAGACCAUGAGCCCUAAUCUGUCUGAGGGCAGAGGUCAGAGAUGGAAUUUUAGUGUCUGCCCUCAAGAGGACCAAGCGAGCACAACCAAUGAAGAUAUUCAGUUUCAGGAAGAGAGAAGAGGAGGAAACUCACCUGCUCACCUGCAGCAGUUCAUCCAGGAGAUAAAGCAGAGUCUCGCUGAAGAGAUCAGACAGGAGAUUGUGAAUGAGCUCCUGGCUGCAGUAUCACCACGGCGAUCUCCCGUAGUGGCAAGAGAGCCGCCGGCGUGACCAUGGUGAUGGAGAGGAGAAGCGGCCGAAGAGGAGGAGUGCUGUGAAAGUAAAGUCUGAGCGAACACUGAUGAAGCCGUGCACUAAGAUCAGCUCAACAUCGCCCCCUGCAACCGCAACACACUACUGCAGAAAAAUCCCUCCACCCGUUCCAUCCACUACCACAGGGGUCUAGCUCACCUUGCGCUACUGCCGCAACAUCCUACAACCACAGCUACAGCAGAAACAUCCUACAGCAACAGUAACAACUACAGGAAAAACUACGAUCUACCCUCAAACCCUCCAGCUGCUCCACACUAUGAGGCUUAUCUGCACUGCAAAAAGUUUAUCUUGUCAAGUAAAAUGAUCUUAAAUCUAGUCAAUGAA